ACGGUUGGGUAUUUUCUCUGGUGACUAGCUCGCAUCAAUAGAUCUUCUAAUGUACACCCAGUCAGCCAGCAGCUUCAUGACUGAUGGGACUUUACCUUGCUAAUUUAUUUCAUUAUCGUUACCCGGGCAUGAGGAGAAUGGAGAAAAGGACUAUGCAGUAUGAGGAAUGUCACAUGUGACUGUCGAUAUGGGACAAGGGACUAUUCAAAUGUCAGAUGACCCUACCCGGCAAUCAAUUCACACGUAUGUUAAUAUCACUACAGUUACAUAACAGAUAGUGUCCUUGAAAAUUGAUCCUAAAGAAAGUGACAUUGGAUUCAUGGAGUCACUUGAAACUACUGCAGGGGUGAAAAGCUCCGCUGAGGGUCAGGACAGAAAUGUUGCACAGAAAAAAAGCACCUCAGAGGCAGCACAGACAAAAAGGAGUCCAUCAAUUGAAUCAGAAGGCAAGGGGUGGCACCAACAACUGCAGGACACGUGUGGUUUCAAAGAAAUGUCUGACUCAGGGAAAUCACUGCAAUUAGAAGAUCAGCACUCCCAAAUCCAGUCCACAGCCCACCAAGACUUUGAGGCGUCUUCAUGUCCGGCACAGUCCACAAAGCAGUUUCCCAGCGGCAAACAGAAAGCUGUAUGUCACUUGGGUUCAGCACAGCCCCCAGGACCCGCAUCUCACAGGAAGUCCACCAGUUCACCUGAAGUCCAGCAACAGUGCUCCCAUUCAGUGAUGGAUCAGCUGUCAGAGACUGCAAGCAAGGUGGAACAGAAACCGCAAAAGCCCGGGAAGUAUGUUUGUGAUUACUGCGGAAGGGCAUGUGCCAAACCCAGUGUGCUUAAGAAACACAUUCGCUCGCACACAGGAGAACGGCCCUAUCCAUGUGUUCCCUGUGGGUUCUCCUUCAAAACCAAGAGUAAUUUAUACAAACACAGAAAGUCCCACGCUCACUCGGUCAAAGCUGGAUCAGUGCCACUCUCAGAUCUUGGUUCUUACAAUGCCAACACAGACCAGGGGUCUUUUGAAGGGGAAGGAGAGUUAUUCUCUGAUGCUGAGCAAAGCACGGACACGGACGAGGACACUCUUAAUGACCCGCUGCUGCUGCUGGACUCUCCAGUGGAGGGAUCAGAUAACACUGCUGUAAAAGUACUAAAUCUCAUUGCUCAGAAAAAGGGAGCCACGUCGAUGUCAGCUCAGGAUGGUUCAUCCCAGCCCCAAGAAAUCAAUGCACCUCCUGCCGCUGCCGAGGCUAGCCGUGCAAUUCAAUCUUGCACGAUCAAACAGCGGCUUGCACUUCGGCUGUCUGAAAAAAGAAGCAGUGACUCGGAGCACAAUCUGUCCCUACCGAGUCAGUCCAGCAAGGGCAGCACGGACUCUGGAUACUUCUCGCGGUCAGAGAGUACAGAGCACCAAACAGGGCCGCCGAACACAAAUGCAAAGUCCUAUCAAGAAAUUAUGUUUGGGAAGUGUUACAGACCAAGCCCUAAGCAGACAGCAGCUUUUAUGGCUUGCACAGACUCAAUUGAGUACACAGAAAAGCGUGCGGAGAAAGGCGUUUCUCGUGUUUUCACCCAGGAAAAAGACACUGUCGAGUCAAUCAAAAUAAACACCAAGUCAUUCACAAGGGAAGAGCUGAAAGAGCCCCAGUUAGACGCUGGCUCUGAUGUAGGGUUUCUGAUCAGAAGCAACUCAAUGCCAACAGCCUCGGCAGUGUGUCUGACCAUGCCUCAAGCCCUCAGAGGCAGCCACUCGUUUGAUGAGAGAACAAGCACCGGGGGCAACAGAAGACUCAGGCGGCAAGCUGCUUUCGAGCUCUCUGCACAUGAAGGCCACGCAGACACUGACAGCCAUGGAAAGAUGAGUGAGAGUGGCAUUGCACCCUCAGGAUUGGAAAUGGAAAAUUACCCCUCGUUGGCAUCUAAUAUGAGCCAUCAGAGACAUGCAAUGGAGCUGGCAACAAGGAAGCGUCGUAAAGAGAAGAGGGAAGAGGAAGACUUGCCAGGUCAAUAUGAAGUCCAUCAUGAGCAGUGUGAGGAAAUGUUUGAUUCAAGCAAAGACUAUGAUGCAAAACAAGCAGCAGCAGGGAUAAUGGCAUUGGGAAAAGGGCGGCCUUCAAGUAUGCUAACACAGGUGGACAGGUGUGACAUGGACAUAUCAUUUAGCCUUGAAAUGUCAGGCCGAAAAACCUUAGGGAAUGUAAUUUCUGUUAUCCAGCACACAAACUCAUUAAACAGGCCUCAAUCUGAGCAGUUAGAUUCUUAUAAAUAUCAUGGACAGAGGCAGGAAAGUCUCUCUUCUUUCCAAGCUAUGGAGGCAACUGAAUCAUAUGAGAUGGAAAGGAGUGAUAGCACGCUAAGGCAAUCAUUUCAAAUGGCCCCCAAACUUGUGCGCCAGCCCAACAUUCAAGUCCCAGAAAUUAGGGUCACGGUAGAGCCUGACAGUCCCGAAAAAGCUCCAGAGGUGCAGGUGAAGGAGCCAGAGAAGCACGUGGAGGAGUUUCAGUGGCCUCAAAGGAGUGAAACUUUAGCACAAUUCCCUCCAGAAAAGCUCCCUCCAAAGAAAAAAAGGCUGCGCUUAGCUGAUAUUGAGCACUCCUCUGGUGAGUCUAGUUUUGAGUCUGCUUGCACCAGCCUCUCUCGCAGCCCAAGCCAGGACAGCAACUUAUCUUACAGCUCCACCUUCUCCUUUGACAGAGAGGAGAGCUUGAAGUCAGUCUCUCCAGCUAGGCAGGAUGAAUUUGGCAAACCUCUGGAGCUCUUAGCUGUGCCAGGGAGCGGGCACUCCCUCUCUGUGCUUAACCAGCGUCAACAACAUGAAAUGAGACGCUCCUCCUCAGAGCAGGCGCCGUGUAACUUGCGCAAGGAGUUCCCAGAGGUACGCAGCAUAUCAUUUGACUAUGGCAGUCUUUCUCCAACGUCCAAAGUUAGACACGUGGACAUUAGCGCUGGCCAGUCGGCUAUGAGGGAGAGAAGGAGGGGAAACUUAGUGAGACAGGAGUCAUUGAAUAUGGACACUGAGGUAUCACAAGUCCCGUCACAAGUGUUUCCACAGUACUUCAGCAGCACGUCCCCUCCAUUCACAGCAGUUGCCGUUCUCCCGCAGACUUUGCCAAUAUUCUCCACUGGGAACACAUUUCCCCAGCUGUCACAUCCAAGCCUGUUAGUUCCUGUACGGAUACAGACUCAUGUGCCAUCAUUUGGCAGUAUUACAUACACUUCAGUAUCACAGAUAAUCGACAAUCAGUACGACAGUGUUAGCUCCAUUACAUCCCCUCCUCAGAAUCAGUCCUCUCGGCUGGAUUCUCAUAAUUCCUCAGCUCAAACAAGACCAUCUUCUGCACAAAACCUCAACGUUGAAGCCCUUGAUUUAUCAUCAGCUAAACUCAAGACAGGCUUCCCCCUCUCUCUCACCUCAAGAACCAUCUCAACCACUAACGCCUCCAGCGGUGGCACAAACAAACGGAUGCUGUCCCCUGCUAGCAGCCUGGACCUUUUCAUGGAGGUCAAGCAGCAAAAACGUGUGAAAGAGGAAAGAAUGUUUGGCCAGAUAGUAGAGGAGCUAAGUGCUGUGGAGUUGGGGAAAUGUAAUUUGAGCGAAGAGAAGGGGCAAAGGUCAGAGAUGCAGGGUGCAUCAACACCUCAUGCUCAGGAUGACUCACAUAGGAGUAAAUUUAUCACACUUCAGCAAAAAGUGACAGAGCCAACUGACCACGGGCUUGAGUCAGCUAUGGAAAGCAGCUCUCUGGAAACCGGCUCACCAUCCUACUCCAUGAUAUCAGUCAGCGAAGUGAAAGAAGUUGGCAUGGACAAAAGAGUGCAGAUGGAUACGGCUGCACAGCUGGUUACUAGUCAAGAUAUCCUGAUCUCAGACGCUGAGCAUUCAAGACUGUUAUCUCAGUUUCCAAGUCUUCGCACGACGACAGGUGUGAGCUGGUGUUAUCUCAACUACACCAAGCCGAACUGCUCUCACACCAACGCUCCGUUCUCCUCCGUCUAUGCCACCUGGUGUGUGAGUUCCCACAACCCCAACCCUCUGGAGCUGACAACCAGUGCCGCUUUGGCUCUGCUGCGGUCCAAGCAGAGAGGGGAAAAGGUUAUAUACACCGUGGCUGCCAUGUCUCAGACUGGGACCGGGAAGCUGGUUUCAUCCCUCAUCCUGUGGAGGCAGACCAUGGAACAGCUGCAGAGGAAACCCGAGCCCAAAGAGGUGGACAUCACCUACGGGAAGAAGGUUAAAGACGUCAGCUGCAGAGUGAAAACUACCAAGGAGGAGUGGAAAGAGCGGGAGGCGUCCACAACCCAAACAGUGCCAACACGCAUUAAGAUCUUCGAGGGAGGGUUCAAGUCCAAUGAAGACUAUGUGUACGUCAGAGGUCGAGGAAGGGGCAAAUACAUUUGUGAGGAGUGCGGCAUUCGCUGUAAGAAGCCAAGUAUGCUGAAGAAACACAUCAGAACUCAUACAGACGUGAGACCAUACAUCUGCAGGGUGUGCAACUUUGCUUUUAAAACUAAAGGAAACCUGACUAAACAUAUGAAGUCAAAGGCACACAUGAAGAAAUGUCUUGAACUGGGAGUGUCAGUGACAAUGGAUGAGACAGAGAUACAGGAACAUGUUGAUGAGAACCAACAGGAGUCCAAGACAGAGGUGGUUGUCACAGCCAAACACCAGUUCUCUGAUGCUGAAGACUCAGACGGCAUGGACGAAGAGGCUGAUGAGAUCGAUGAUGAUGAUGAUGAGGAUGAUGAAUACGAGGGUGACUCUACUCCAAAGCUGUGCUCCAGAAGCACGAGUCCUCAGCCAUGUGGAGUUACUUCUCUAUCAGUCACAGCCACCACCGCUAUCCACGGCUGCUCCCUCACCUCUCUGCCUGACCCAGAUGUCCGCCAGCAGCCUUCUAGCAUGCGGACUGGCAUGGAUCACAGAUCCGUCCCAGCAGACCAGAGAGAGAAGUCCAUGGAUGAGGACUCUCUGGCUGUGCUUUCUCCAGAACACGCCAGCUUCUUAUUUGACCCUUACUCGUCUUGUCUGCUCUCUCCUGGCUGGGAGUCCCCCAUCAGGGAGCCCUCCCCGUCACGCCUUCGUUACCCGUCCCCCAGGCGAGAAAUCUCCCCACGUGGUCGCUCCUCUCCUCGAUGGGAUACCUCACCACUAAGGCCAGGUUCGCCCAGCUUGACACCCAUUCAGCACCUCUCCCCAGCCUCAAUUGAGCGCUCCAUGUCUCCUGGAGCAGAGCUGGCUGGAAAGUCAUCAGUCAGAGGCCGGCAAAGAGUUGUUCUGAGGGCCGUUUCACCCCGCAGAGGCUCGCACCAACACAGAGGCAGCGGGGACAAAACCAGACACCAGGCAAAGAUGGAGAUGGCUCACCAACAAGCAGCCCUCGAAAUGGAAAUGGAUCAAAGGAGCAGCUUGGCUCCCAGUCUGCCCGGUGCUGCCAGUUCUCAUCACCAGAACAUCCUCAGCCACCUCCCACUUCACUCCCAGGAGCAGGCCCACAGUUUGCUCCCCGUCGUCCCUGUUGGAGGGCUCCAGAUGUUACACUCCCCGCCUUCUUCCAGCAAUGAUGUCACCCCUUCCUCGGCGCCAAGCCCCCAGAGCAGCGAGGGCCAGCGUUGCAGCAGCAGGGAGGGAUCUGUCCAUGGUUUCGAGACGGGCGGAGAGGACAUCAGAGGCCAGAUCCAGCUGUCCUCCCAACAGGAGAAAGGCCUAAACAGGGACAGUGGACAGGAGGAGAAUGUCCAGACCUGCUUGAAAGCCAUCGCUUCGUUAAAGAUCACCACAGAGGACCCUCAUUGAAGCGGUUAUUUUGUGUCUACUUGAUUUAAUGAAGGAUCAGACGCCCCUCUGCCACAUCUGCAACGUCGCUGUCCUUUGCCCUUUAGGCGUAUAACCCCAUCUUUAUCCCAUUAGAGGCAAUAUAACAACACUUCCUCUGGUUUGAACACUCCAGACAGCUCCUUUUAAAAUCAAACCUUCACAGCGGAGAAGAAAUCUUGCCUAUCUGAUGACUCAGACUUUUUGAAAUGAUUGGAUGAGCGGCAGGAUGUCUUGCGAGGCGGAGAAUCAUUAUUGGGUGCAGGUGCAAUAUGGAAAGAUAUUAUGCUAAUAUGCCUUUGUUUGACAUAGUAGUUUGCGUACAAUUGCACAUAAAUUAUAUUUAUGGAUUCUGUACAGAUGUCCUUAACAUAUACUCCUUCUUAGAUGCAUACAAACAGUGUAUUUUACUGUACGUGUACUUUGAAAAUAGACUGUUGUUUAAUGUAAUCAUAUCAAGAUGUGAUGCAGUAGUGCAGUAAAUAAAGACUAUUUAUAAAGGGAAAGUAUGUGUACUAUGAAACAGUCUGACCAAAUUUUAAGUAGACGCUUCUUGUGCAGUUUGGUGCUUCUAAUCAAGCGGCAAGGGUUUGUGCCUUUAUUUUGCUUUUCAUCAUCUGUUAUCUGAAGGUUGUUGGAAAAAAAAAAAAAGCCGAGGUUCUCUUUAUACAGAAGUGUCUGCGCCGUCAGCGUUCUCUCAAAGGAAAGCUUUUUCUUUUUUCUGUCAGUUCCUCUGACAGACGGUUGCAGCUUGAUUUAUGUGACACAAUCUUAAAUAAUGUUUCUUAUGUUGCAUUUCUCUUAAUGUUGUGGUUUUUAAUGCAUGGGAUUUGCUAUUGCACAAAAAUAGAGGAAGUUAAUAUGUAAUUAUGAAUACUGUAAGAUGUAUUUAUAUAUUAGAACGUGAGCACUUAUUGAUACUGGUAAAUAUUUGACUACUAUUUAUAUGGUAUAUCUGUACUUAUGCAGCAGUGAUGCAGUUAUGCAGUGAGCCACGCCGGCAUUGCUUUUGAUCUCAUGUAUUUAUGCUUUUAUUAAACAGCUUUUUAUUUCUUGUAUACAGAUGACCAUUUUAUGAGUUUUAAAGAUGCACUUUCAUCCUUUCAUGAUUGGUGUUUAACCGACUCGGUCGGUGAAACUGCCAAGUCAAACACGUUCUUGUGGUUUUAAACAUUCCAGUCGUUCUCUCAUUUUGUGAAACAUGUUGCACACUAUUCAAGGGGCUAUGAUGAUGAGUCAGUGUGUUUUUCUUGCAUUUGGAGUGUAACUGGAUAAAUCAUUAUCACUUAUUGUUAGUAAUACUAAAGUAAUGAUGUUAUCAGCGUGAGUUGGUUGACUUUAACUGUGGCUCAACUCAAAAUGUAAGUAAUCAUUCACCAAAUGCAUUACUUCUUCUUUGUAAAUAUACGUGUAUUUUUAUUAUUUAAACUAUUUUUGCAGUGUUGAAUUCUGAAUACUUUUUAAUGCAGAUUGUUUAUAUCUCUUUAAGAGGUAAAAUGUCUGCGCUUGGAGGUGUAAUGAGGGUGAAAAUAGCACAGUGUUGAUCCCUAACACCGUGUUUCAUCUUCUGAAAAAAAAAAAAAAAAAGUGUAUUCACAUCAAGUGGUUAUAUUACCAGUUUGAGAAAGGAUUUCAAAAUCAGAAAACACUUUGUUCACUCAUGUUUACAUAAAAAUCUCAAAGGUGCACUGCUUUAAUUUGUUCCCUUUCUGAAGGUGUAUGUAGCUUUGAUUUAUGUACUUUUAUUUGUUGUGAUAAAGACGCAGAGUGCUCAUGAAAUGUGAAGGGAAAAGUGAAGCCUUUCUUUUUGCUUUUGCAUACAGUAUGUAUUCAGAUUGUGUUUGUGUUUUGUUUUUAUUGUGUAUUCAUAUUUACUGAACUGCAUUGUGCCUCUCAUGUCUAUGAAAUUCCCUGUAAAACACACAGAGGACGAAUCAUUUUACCUCUCAGCUAAAAUUUCUUUGAGGAAGAAAAACCUCGGUAGCCAAUCCGUUGUUUAGCGAUUUGCAUCAAAACCGGCGAGUCAAGAUGGAGUGCCUCUUUUAUGCUAUGAGGACUUUAUUGUUUGGUGCUCUACUUUUUCAAAUUAAAUUCAAAAUUGUUUUAAAAGAAUAUACUUCUGA